AUGAAGUAUUUACCUGUCCAAGAUUUCGAGGCGGUCACGAGCGCGCUCAACUUCAACACACCGGAUUGUAACGUUACUGGCGGCUGCGACCUCUACACCACCAAGUCGACGGGCUCGGACAAGAAACUCUACAAGAAUAUUGACAAGGACCUCAGCUCCCAACAUGCCGCCUUAUUGAAGCUGGGAGCUAGCCUGUCCCCCCCGGAGCGAGAACAGAUGCUAGCUACCUCACCUAGCAUGCAACUAUUCUCGCAUUCAAGCGCCUUCGGUCCCCUUUCAGAGCUUUCGAGCCGGCGGACGUUUGCCUACCUCAUCGCCACUCUUAAUGCCAGUCAUCCACACUACGAUUUCUCCAAUGUACUGCGGCCUGGAGACUUUAAGCGGGAGCGAAACCUGCGACAAGUCAUGGUAAAUCUAGAUUCGAUUCUUCAAAACGUUCGCCCGGGUUUUGAACCGCAGUCAUUCGAUUCGUCAGUGGGCAGCGACGUAGGUUCGGGGUGGGGUCCUCAGUGCUGGGCACUGAUAGACAAGGAGAUGCGCUUGAAUGAGUGCACCAUCUUCAGCUAUCACCCUGAAGUUGAUCCUUUCGAGGAGGACGAGAGUGCAAUCUGGGCCUCGCACUACUUCUUUUUUAGCCGCGCCCUGAAGCGGGUAGCGUACCUCUAUGUUCGCGUUGUUCCUGUCACCUCGUCGCAAAGUCCAAACCUCCAACCCACGAAAUCGUCAUUGCUCAACCGAGGUGUGAGUUUCGAAACGCCUGGAUCCAAGAGAGCGGACUAUUGGGUUGGCAAUAGAGACGCAACACUGGUACCGUCAUACGAAGACGACGAAGUCGCACAAGACGAUGGUCUUGUCUGGAACCGUCGGGAGGACGGCGAUCUAGUUAUGUUUUCCGAUGAUGACACGAUGGAAGACUUUGACUACGACGAUGACGACGGGUAUGAUAACUAUGACGGCAACACCCGACACCGGCUUAUGAGCGAGGACUUUGCUGGUCACAUGGAGAUCUAA